AUGGAUUCCUCUUUUGCCGCGAUCUACGCCCACCCACCAGAUCCGAACGAUCUAAAACCGAUAUACAACAAAGCGGGUACCAUCUAUGGCGCAACGCUGCCCUUCCACGUUCUCACAUGGAUAGCUGUUGCCUUUCGCGUCUAUAUGCGAUAUCGGGUCGUGCGCGCGCCAGGCUGGGAUGACUUACUGAUCACAAUCAGUGGUGUGUUCAACCUGGUGGCGCUGGUAGCUUUCUAUGGCUGUUUCCAUUUUGGCCUCGGUAAACACUUAUACUACGUUGACCAGAACGAUUUCGUUACGCUGUUCAAGUUCCUCUACAUCCAACAUGCGGCCUACUACACAUGCGCUGGUGUUGUUAAGCUCUCGUUGCUCUGUCAAUAUCUGCGACUCUUCCAAAAGGGCAUUGUUCGCCAGAUAUGCAUUGUACUCCUGGGACUGACUAGCCUUUGGACAUUCUUCUGGUUCUUCCAAGGCUGGUUCCCAUGCUUUCCUGUCUCGGGCUUCUGGGACCGAGCACGAGUUCCGCCAGCCAAAUGUUGGGGCACAGGUUUCGGCAACAUAGAAGACUCCCUCGCCGCUUUUGUGGCUUUCGCUGCGUCAAAUAUGAUGCUGGACACGAUAAUAUUCUUCUUGCCAAUGACGCUAUAUUUUAAGCCUUCAACUACAGGUCCAAGACAAGUUCUUGCGCUUCUCAUGCUCUUCCUGCUGGGUUCAGUUGUUCUUCUCAUGUCUGUCCUUCGGCUCUGGACGGCAGUACGCCACAAUAGAUUCGACGCAACCUCGCUAGAUUUCACAUGGUGGUACCCUCUCACCAUGAUCCUAGCUUCUCUAGAAAUCGACUUCGCCAUUAUUUGCGCCUCUAUUCCGAUUUUCUGGCCUCUCAUCGCCAGCGCGCUUCCACAGAUAUUCGUCACAAAAGAAGUGCGGGUGACACAUCACCAACGUCUGCCAGAUAGUACGAACGCAGAUUACGAGCUAGACAGGACGUACUCUAUCAAGAGUAGCGGCGGGGACAGCCAAGAGAAUUUGAGAGAAUUGCACGAGCAGCCGAAAACAGACUACAAUGAUCCAUUCGUUGUUGAGCAUGUCACGGGCAAGCUCGAAAAUAAUGCGCAGAUAGUCAGCGAAAAGCAGAAGAAACGCCGGAAAUAG